CCCCCAUCGUGCGCAAGGCAACUGCCCGCCUACCUAGCCACCUUGGUCGCUCGACGCUCCCGGCCCCACUGCCCGUCUUUGACUUGAGUUGAGAGUAAGGUGCUCACCUGGGUCGGUUGUGUCAGCUCGCCUUUCUCUCGAGGCCCUAGUUCAAUACCUGGGCUCGUCCCUUCGUCUCUCCACCACUGGCACAAUCCAAGCGCCGUCUGGAUCCGCGCGGCAGUUUCUACGUUUCGUCAUUUCUAUCGUCCAUCUUCUUCAUUUUUCGCCACUGCGGACGGUGCUGUCCUGCGGGGUAUAGUCUUCUGCCAGUCUUUUGUUGUCACGUCCAUCUUUCGUCGGGUCUACUUUGUUUCUUGUCUCGUCCCGAUUUGGGCGCCGGUCGUGGUGGCGGCUUCGUCAUCAUGCCUACCGAGAGCGGUUCGGACUCGGUGCGUGUUUGUGUCGGCAGCGACAAAGAUUUUGACCCAGUCGAUGGCGGCUCGGACCCCCAGCCGGACCCUGACCCUGACCCCGAACCCCCAGAGCCGAUGGACAUACAAGCCUGGGUCAAUGACUCGGGUGCCUCUGUCGUGCUCCUGUCCCUCGUGCCGCGGCAGGAUACGCAGACACAAGGCGCGGGGCCGGCGACACACCAGGAAGGCGGUCGCUCCUGAUCAACCGACUUGAUCACCGCCACCUACCUUAUGCUUGGUCCGUACACGCACUGGUUACGGCCUUUAUAGGCGUGGCCCACAACAUCCGCGGUCGGCUCGACGCACCGCACUUUUCGGACAAUGACGUCCGAACGCCCCGUUCAACACGGCAACAACGUUUGGCUGCACGCCGUAUCGUUCAACACCCUACUCCAUGCAGCCGCGGAUCAUGGAUCCAGCUUCGACAUCUGAAAUAUGUUGGCCAACAUAACGUCAAUUUUAUCGUCUUCUUUCUUCUCAUGGGUCAAUUCUGUUUUCGUACCACGAGCCAGCGCUGUCAAAACGUGGCGGGCGAGCUUGGGCCGCCGCUCCAAAAGUGCGCCAAGAAGGCUCGCACUUUUGACUCUGUCUGCCCGCCGUCACGUCAGUCCUUAUUAGCUUAGUUUGUUUGGCC